AUGAUCGAACUGCCCCAGGGUCAACUGUAUCUCGUUCGCCCCCUCUCUCCGAAAGGUUAUUCCGAACUUCUCUUCAAGGACGCAUCUACUCGUAUCCGACGCACCGCGCAAGAAUACCAGUAUCAGCUUGUCGUGCAGCGUGUCUACGAAGAGGGCGAAGCCGAGCUACUAGCCGACGAAGAAGGCGAAGAUACCGAGACCGAUCCGCUUGCCGCCGAGCACGACGAAAAGACUUUUUUGCUAGACGAGGCUCUCGAGUUUCGCGUCGAGAAACGCGACGAAGACGGUGCCGAAUACGUUCUUUGCUGGCGUGAUCUUACUGGCGACGCCGGCGACGUGUACGAGUUUGUCUGCGACCGCACCUCUACUCCGGACAGCUUGGUGCACCAGUUUGAGCUGGCAGCAAAGCAUUGUCAGUACGAGCGCAAGUACCGCAAGCCGCAUUCGACCGCAUCCGAGAAAGAUCUGCUCCAGUUCGAGUUUACCAGCCAGCCCAUCCCGCCCGCGAGUCCAAUUCACGGCCCGGAUCUUAGCCGCUCCAUCGCCUCGACCGAAUCGAUCCUGUCUUCUAUGGGCACUGCCCACACGGGCGUGAAUCAAAGUCAUCAUAUCAACGAGGUUGCUACAACGGUCUUACUCAAGACCCCGACCAAAAUGGCAAAGGGCAAGGCGAAUGAGGUGGCCGCUGUCGAGUCACCCGUCGCGGCCGAGAGCCCGGCAGCGACAACCCCCUCUCCUACAGCAGUCCCGGCGGCUGCUGAGCAACCGGAGGCUCGGGAAAUUUUGGCAGGUGAGGUUGCAGAGCUUCACUUUUACGACUUCCCUUCAGGCUCUUUCGUGCUGCAAGAUGCGUCUGUCACCGCUGUCGUCAGCGAGGUCGGCAACUGGCAGUACUGGCUCCAGGUUGCCAGCAAGGAACGCGACUGGCUCGGAGUGCCCAUCGUGGCAGACAUCAACCCCGUGUUCAACUUCGAGUUCCUCUCGUUCAUCUUCAACCAACUCACCAGCGACGGUACCGCCUAUUCUUGGCUGCUCCGCUUCAAGGACCAGGCCACGCUCGAGCGCUUUCAGGAGGGACUUUUGCGCGCCCUGUGGGAGCAGCUGAAUGAGAUCAAGUGGACGAAGAUCAAGGACAAAGAACGCGACUAUGUAGCCGAUGCUUUUGCAGACUUAGCUAUGGAAGAUGUGCCGGAGGAGGAGGAGGAAGAGGAAGAAGAGGAAGAAGAGGAAGAAGAGGAAGAAGAGGAGCGGCCGAGCAGCGAGCACUACGACAGCGACGAAGACGAGGACGAUGUCGAGCACCAGCCGAAGGACAAUGUGGUCAACAAGUCGCUGGCCGUUGGCUACAAGCACGAUCGGUCGUUUGUGGUUCGUGGGACGCAGAUCGGCGUCUUCAAGCACACAAACGACAAACAGCUGGAGUUCUCGACCAACAUCUCCAGGAUCGAGACGCCGGGAGGCAAACUCUUUAGUCCCAAGAAGGUCAUGCUGCAUAACGAAGACCGGAAUAUGAUCCUGCAGAACGAGGACGACCCGAACAAGCUCUUCCGUAUGGACCUCGAGUAUGGAAAGGUGGUCGACGAGUGGAAGGUGCAUGACGACAUCCCGGUGGUUACCUUUGCUCCCGAAAACAAGUUUGCGCAGAUGACAAGCGAGCAGACGUUCCUGGGCGUAUCGCACAACGCCCUGUAUCGGGUAGACCCGCGUCUGGCGGGCUCAAAGCUGGUGGACUCGGAGCUGAAGCAGUACGUUUCCAAGAACGACUUCUCGGCGCUGGCCACGACAGGCAGCGGACACAUUGCGGUGGCGUCCAACAAGGGCGACAUCCGGCUGUUUGACCGGCUGGGCAUCAACGCCAAGACACACAUUCCGGCACUGGGCGAGCCGAUUCUGGGCAUGGACGUGUCGGCGGAUGGCCGGUGGAUCUUGGGCACAUGCCGGACGUAUCUGCUGCUCAUUGAUGCGCUGCAGUCCAAGGGCAAGAAUGCGGGCAGGCUCGGAUUUGAGAAGCCAUUUGCGGCGGACAGCAAGCCGCAGCCGCGCCGGUUGGCGCUGACGCCAGAGCACGUGGCGCAGUUUGCGCACGAGACAGGUAAAGGCGUGGCCUUUACGCCGGCCAAGUUCAACACGGGCGAGGGUGCCGAAGAGACGAGCAUCAUUACGGCCACGGGGCCAUAUGUGAUUGAGUGGAGCCUGAAGAAGGUGCUCAAGGGCAGCCGGACAUCGUACAUGAUCAAGCGGUAUCGGGACGACGUGAAGGCGGACGACUUCCAGUUUGGCACGGACAAGAACAUCAUCAUGGCGCUGCCGCACGAAGUCAACAUGCUGGGCAACAAGGCGCUGAAGCGGCCGACGCGGGAGAGCAUCGUGGGGACGGCGGGAGCCGGUGGCCGGCGCAGUGGGCGUGCCAGCAGCGGCCGGAUCGGAGGUCCAAACAGCGGUCGCUACAAGUUGGGCAAGGACGAUAUCGUGGACUCGCCGUAUUAG